CUUGAUAAUAAUAUUGCAUUCUCCAUGGCAACACUCUUCACGAUUAGCCAAGCGCUGCACUAUGGUGUCCUUCUUGGAGUCUCCAUCACGGCGUUAAUCUGUUCGAGACAGGCAAUACGGAGUUACACAGCACCAGUCAUAUCGUCAUUUUUUGUUCUCAUCUGCACAUAUUUGGUGGAGGCCGUUCGUGGCAUCAUUCUAUCAGAUGCUUUCGACAACCAACAUGCUCAUCUCGUUCAUCUUCUACUCUCCGUACUUGGGUGGUCCUCAGUCCUGUUUAGUCGAGACCUAGAACAACAAUCACUGUGGGCUAAUUACGGCAUAUCCUUGUUAUUUGAAGUGCCAUUGCUGGUCUUGCUGACCCUCGAAAGACCUGGAACGAUGUCACCUAUCAUUUCAAUAUCUUUCCAAUCGAUCCGCAUCAUAGUUGUUUUGCUACUUCCGCUUGAAAGUCGACCAUUCCUUUCAGAACAAUCCCAAGACGAUGGGAGGCAAGCCAAUUACGGAAUCGAGAUGUUCCAAGACGAAUCCUCUACAGUGGUCGCCAGCGGAGAGUCCGAAAACAACGAUGAAGGCGCUCGCAUGAAGCGCCAUCGGGCCGAGAAACUUGAUGAGAAAGGGGGUUGGUGGGUUUAUCUUAAAGACUUCGCCAUAUUUAUUCCAUUCUUCGUCCCAAAGAAUGACCAAAAGGUUCAGUUCUCCAUCCUGCUCUGCCUUCUUAGCGUUGCUGGCAGAAGAACGAUGAACAUAUUGAUACCACGCCAACUUGGCAUCAUCACCGACUUGAUUCUGAACAAAAAAAAACCCUCACGGAGCCUUGGCUAUAUGGCUACUUUUCAGCUUUAUCAAUGGCCAAUCCGGCUUGGGUUUGGUCGAGGGACUAGCCAAGAUUCAAUCGAGCAGUUUUCCUACCGCCAACUCACCAACGCGGCUUUCAACCACGUCAUGAGCCUCCCAAUGGAAUUCCACGCCGAGAAAGAUUCAGCUGAUGUUAUGACGGCCAUCCAUCAGGGGGAUUCACUCAGAACCUUACUAGAAUUUGGAGUCAUGAACUUUCUUCCCACGACAGUAGACAUGGUCAUAGCACUUGGGUUCCUCUACUGGAAGUUCAACGCAUACGUCUCUUUGACCAUGCUAACAGCAUCCGUGGCAUUCGUCACGCUAGAAAUUCUUACUUCAAACCUCAAUAUGGCGAACCGCCGUGCAUCUAAGAAGAGGCACGAACUAUGUAUGCACCAGGCUAUCCAAGGAUGGCAGACUCUCUCAUAUUUCAACAUGUUUGGCUUCGAGAAACGUCGAUUCAGCCAAGCUAUGAACAUGCAACUAGCCGCCACCCCCUUCUUCAUCCUGGCAAGUCUUGUGCUCUAUGAAAUUUCUCAGGAGAGAGCCUCGACUGGCGGUUUUGUAUUGCUGUUGUCAUAUUGGAGUCUUCUGGUUUAUCCUCUCAAGUUUGUUUCCUACUAUUAUCGGUACUUGAUGAGGAACCUGGUCAACGCGGAACGCCUCAUCGAGUUGUUACAAACCAAGCCGACCAUUGUUGAGAAAGAGAACGCUACGGUCCUGAGUGAUACAAAAGGCCAUGUUGCUUUCGCGGAUGUUGAGUUUUCGUACGACCCAAGGCGACCAACGAUCCACCACCUUAACAUCUCUGCCGUCCCGGGAGAAACUAUUGCCGUGAUUGGAGAGACUGGCGCAGGGAAGUCGACGAUCAUGAAAGUUCUUUUGCGCUUCUACGACGUCAGAUCGGGAAGGAUAACGAUCGAUGGCCACGAUCUCCGUGACAUCACUAUGAAUUCUUUUCAGGAGAUUCUCGGCGUUGUCCCUCAAGACCCAUUGCUUUUCAACGCGUCUAUGAUGGAGAACAUUUUCGACGCCUGCCGGGCUGCCGCGAUCCAUGAAAAAAUUCUCAAGUUCGCCGAUGGCUAUGAGGGCAAGGUUGGCGAGCAAAUAAUGAAGCUAUCUGGCGGAGAGGUCCAGCGACUAGCCAUCGCGCGCGUAUUUCAAAAGAACCCUCCGAUUCUCGUUCUGGAUGAGGCCACGAGCGCAAGUGGACGGACGACAUUUAUCAUUGCACAUAGACUAUCAACAGUCGUUAAUGCAGACAAGAUAAUGGUGAUUCACGAGAGAAGGGUAGCCGAGAGCGGCACGCAUUUUGAAUUGCUGACAAGGAGAGGGAUUUAAGAGGACUUGUGGAGAAG